AUGCACAGCCAGUCCGGGAAGCGCGCACAGUCUGCUCAGCCUGCCCAUCAGACCUCUACCCCACAGUCUGGUGUCAGGCAAUCUCCCUCCAAUCUGCACUCAAUCUUGGAGGAUCUUGCGACCGUGGGUAUAUGUCAGGACCGGCAUCAAGCUUUCAAUCUCGAUCCGGCCAAUCAACCAAUUGGGGGAGGCAUCUCAUACCGUAGAUCUGUGCCACCGGCUUACUCCCCUGGCCGAACUUCGCAAAAGGACAGACCUGACUCUACCGUGCGUUCGCCGAUGCCUCACAUGACCCCCCAAGAAGAUGCUAUGUCGCAAUCAACUCCGAGUGUGGAUGAGAUGAUGGAUGUGGAUGAUUGGAAGCAGUUCCAGUCGAGGGGAAGCGGAGAGGACAGGGGGAGCCUUGCGCAUAGAGGUUCAUAUGAAGAUGCUGAUGAAGCUGGUCAGUUGAAGGGGGAGAUUCUGGAUGACGACUCGGACCGAGGUGACAUGUUCGUAGUAAAUCGCGAUCGCACAGGUAGCCCGCCUCUGUCCAAUGACGAGUCAGAGGAGACUGAUGAAUUGGACAAUACUGACGAGGAAUUGGAGGAGACAAUCCACCAGCCGCGGAGCUAUACACCUGUGUCAGAUGUCGAGGAGGACAUCGAGGAGGAGGGCAAGGAGGAGGACAAGAAUGAGGAUGAGGACAAUGAUGAGGAUGAGGACAAUGGCGAGGACGAGGACGAUGAUGAGGACGAGGAUGAACGAAGUGUUCCUGUCCAGCCCUCACCUGUCUUUCAGAGCCGCCCAUCUCACGGAGUCAUACGCAGGCCGAAAGGAUGUGCAUCUGCUGCUAAAGUGGAUGCCCCUUGA